CCCUCAGUCGCCGUGGCUCCCAGAACACCUGCGCGGGCCCGGUUGCGCCUGCGCAGUGUGGCCGGUGGGCCGGUCUGGGAGUGCGGCGGCCUCGGCGCGAGGGUGCCGGCGGGCUGGGAGCCUGAGGUGGGCUGUUGGCCGUCCUCCCUCAGUCGGCGGAAGUGAGCUCUGGCUCGCCUUCCGCGCGGCCCGGGACCUCUCGCGGCCCCUGGGGGCGCGGCGGUCGGCGACGCGAGGAGGGCUCCGGCGCGGGGCGGCCAUGGACUCGGCGGCGCUGGAGCGGGACGCGGUGCAGUUCGCGCGGCUGGCGGUUCAGCGCGAUCAGGAGGGCCGCUACGCGGAGGCCGUGUUUUACUACAAGGAAGCUGCACAAGCUUUGAUUUAUGCUGAGAUGGCAGGAUCAAGUCUAGAACAUAUUCAAGAGAAAAUAAAUGAGUAUCUGGAAAGAGUGCAGGCUUUACAUUCAGCAGUUCAGUCAAAGAGUGCGGAUCCUUUGAAAUCAAAACAUCAGUUGGACUUAGAGCGUGCCCAUUUCCUCGUGACACAAGCUUUUGAUGAAGAUGAAAAAGGGAAUGUUGAAGAUGCUAUAGAACUGUAUACAGAAGCUGUAGAUCUCUGUCUGAAAACCUCUUAUGAAACUGCUGAUAAAACUCUGCAAAAUAAGCUGAAGCAGCUGGCUCGGCAGGCACUAGACAGAGCAGAAGCAUUGAGUGAGCCUUUAACGAAGCCGUCAUGCAAAAUCAAGGCAACAAAUAUAAAGCCAAAGCCACCUCCAACGAGAGCACACUUUCCACUAGGAACUAAUCCCUUCCUUGAAAGACCUCAGCCGUUUAUAAGUCCGCAGUCAUGUGACGCACAGGGGCAGAGAUACACAGCAGAAGAAAUAGAAGUUCUCAGGACAACAUCAAAAAUAAAUGGUAUUGAAUAUGUUCCUUUCAUGAGCAUUGAUCUGAGGGAACGUUUUGCUUAUCCAAUGCCUUUCUGUGAUAGAUGUGGCAAGUUACCAUUAUCACCUAAACAAAAAGCUACAUUUUCUAAAUGGGUACGACCAGAAGACCUCACCAACAAUCCUACAAUGAUUUAUACUGUGUCUAGUUUCAGCAUAAAGCAGACAAUAGUAUCAGAUUGUUCUUUUGUGGCAUCACUGGCUAUCAGUGCAGCUUAUGAAAGACGAUUUAAUAAGAAGUUGAUUACCAGCAUAAUUUACCCUCAGAAUAAGGAUGGUGAGCCAGAGUACAAUCCUUGUGGAAAGUACAUGGUAAAACUUCACCUCAAUGGUGUCCCCAGAAAGGUGAUAAUUGAUGACCAGUUACCUGUUGAUCACAAGGGAGAAUUGCUCUGUUCUUAUUCUAACAACAAAAGUGAAUUAUGGGUUUCUCUCAUAGAAAAAGCUUACAUGAAAGUCAUGGGAGGAUAUGAUUUCCCAGGAUCCAAUUCAAACAUUGAUCUCCAUGCCCUGACUGGGUGGAUACCAGAAAGGAUUGCCAUGCAUUCAGACAGCCAGACUUUCAGCAAGGAUAAUUCUUUCCGAAUGCUUUACCAAAGAUUUCACAAAGGAGAUGUCCUCAUCACUGCAUCCACUGGAGUGAUGACCGAGGCUGAAGGCGAGAAGUGGGGCCUGGUCCCCACACACGCGUACGCUGUGCUGGACAUCAGAGAAUUCAAGGGGCUGAGGUUUAUCCAACUGAAAAAUCCUUGGAGUCAUUUACGUUGGAAAGGAAGAUACAGUGAAAAUGAUGUAAAAAACUGGACCCCAGAGUUGCAAAAGUAUUUAAACUUUGAUCCUCGAACAGCUCAGAAAAUAGACAAUGGAAUAUUUUGGAUUUCGUGGGACGAUCUCUGCCAGUAUUAUGAUGUAAUUUACUUGAGUUGGAAUCCAGGUCUUUUUAAAGAAUCAACAUGUAUUCACAGCACCUGGGACGCUAAGCAAGGCCCAGUGAAGGACGCCUACAGCCUGGCCAACAACCCUCAGUACAAGCUGGAGGUGCAGUGUCCGCAGGGGGGCGCCGCGGUCUGGGUUUUGCUUAGUCGACACAUAACGGACAAGGAUGAUUUUGCAAAUAACCGAGAAUUUAUCACAAUGGUUGUAUACAAGACUGAUGGGAAAAAAGUUUAUUACCCAGCUGACCCACCUCCAUACAUUGAUGGGAUUCGAAUUAACAGCCCUCACUAUUUGACUAAGAUAAAGCUAACCACACCGGGGACCCACACCUUUACGUUAGUGGUUUCCCAGUAUGAAAAACAGAACACAAUCCAUUACACAGUGCGGGUAUACUCAGCAUGCAGCUUUACUUUUUCAAAGAUUCCUUCCCCAUACACCGUAUCAAAACAGAUUAAUGGCAAGUGGAGUGGUCAGAGUGCCGGAGGAUGUGGAAAUUUCCAAGAGACUCACAAAAAUAACCCCAUUUACCAAUUCCAUAUAGAAAAGACUGGGCCGCUACUGAUUGAGCUAAGAGGACCAAGGCAGUACAGUGUUGGAUUUGAAGUGGUAGCAGUUUCCGUGGUGGGAGACCCUGGUCCCCAUGGGUUCCAGAGGAAAUCUAGCGGUGACUACAGGUGCGGGUUUUGCUACCUGGAACUGGAAAAUAUACCUGCUGGGAUCUACAAUAUCAUUCCCAGUACUUUCUUACCUAAACAAGAAGGACCCUUUUUCUUGGACUUUAAUAGUAUUAUCCCCAUCAAGACAACACAACUGCAGUGACAGAAACUUCAGCGAUCGCUGGAUCUUAUACUCACCAAACAUCAUCUCUUCAACCGGGGACACAGAUCUCCAGGACACUGUAACCCAAGUCAGAACAGAAUGACAUCUCUAAAAACGUUCCUGUGGAAUCUGGUGCUGAAGUCAGGGUGUGUGGUGAGAACUGUGUGUAGUCAGAAUUGCCCUCCGUCAGUCAGAAGUGCUGUUUACGUGGUUUUGUGUGUAUACAGAGUGGGCUUGCACUUAGGGGCCCUGUUAUAUAAAAAAGUAUAGAUGGUUAUAAAGGUUAGACGCAGUCAAGCACUGAGAUAGCCCUUACCCGAGGCCAGGCGAGGGAAGUGAGGGUGCAGACACGUGGAGUGGAACAGCGGGCUGGGGUGCUGCUCUGGAACAUGCACGCUGUUUGUCUUCUGGCAGCACAUGUCGUAAGGUAAACCUGCUUGUGGUGUUAACUCUCCUGUGUGUCUUGGACAACAAAUGACCAAAUGAAUCGUGUUACCAUGAGAUGUUAGUUCUGUGUUAUUCAUGACUUUAAGUGUUUACCGUUGCCCAGAGGUCAUGAAAGGAUAAAGCGUUUAAGAGACACAGUUCACUCUAUAGCAUAAAGAUGCUCAUGCUUAAGAGCGAAGGCUGCUGAGGCUGGACACCUGUCUCCCCUGGCUCAUGUGAAGAGGACUGAGGUGCAGCUUUAUCAGGUUGAGGAAAGUAGUAGUCUGAGACAUCAAAGACAUUACAGUUUAGUUUCUAUAGUCUUUCUUUAAAUCGCUCCAUAUAGUUCAGUGUUCUUAUGGUAGGCGCACUCUAAAAAACAUGAUCAAGAAUUUAUGGUCAUUGGGUUGCAACAUACUACUGUUAUGUGUAAAUUCCCAGUUGUUUACAUAAAAAUCCAUUAGAGUAGAAUGAUGCUCAGUCAAGAUCUUAAGAUCUAAAAAUAGUGGAAUUUUUCAUCUCUAUUAAAACUUUUGUAUUUCUAUUAUCUUUAAUCGAAAUAAAAUGUUUAUACUUAUGGAAACUGCAUAAAAUGUUUAUACUUAUGGAAACUGCAUAAAAUGUUUAUACUUAUGGAAACUGCAUAGUUUAACCUAGAGAAAUUAUUAAAGAACUUCAUGUGGUAUGUUCCAUCUAAAAGAGAACUCAUUACUUGCAUGAAAAUUAACAUUUUUACCAAAAAAAAAAGUCUGUUUUUCAUUCAGGCUAAUGGCAGGUUGUUGUAUUAGUGAGAUUUCAUUUUGGUAGAUGAAAAGUGCUUUCACUUUUAACAUAUUUUAGGUGGAUUAAUUUUCCGUGACUUUAAAGAAAAAUCUAAAGCAUUAGAGGUAUAUUUAUUAUAGACAUGAUUUGAGCCUUGUGUGUUAAAGAUCUUAUCUUAGAUUCAAACUGAGACCUAAUCCCUGCCUUCAAAAACCCAAUGGAAAAAAAAAAAAAGGGAAAAAAAAACCCAAUGGAGGAGACCUACAUAAACAAUUACUGUGUUGUAACCCUGAGUUCUGUAACAGAGCUCUAAACAGAGCACGAUGACUAACUUUGGUUGGACCGACACAGAAAGAGAAUAGAAUCAUCUGGGGAGAUUUUCAAAGCCCAGUGCCCGGGGCUGCCUGCAUCACUCACCAGCCCCUACGGCCGAGACCCGGGAGACGCCCAGGCCUCGCCGAAGCGCGUCCUCUUUACUUUGCGACCACUGCGUCUCCAUACUGCUCGGCUUCAGUAGCAGCAGAAGUGGAAUUCUAACUCACACCUGCUAAUCAGGGCAUACACUGUUAGGACCCAGGGCCUUAACUGAAAACAAGAAUGGGUGACCACUGCACUCCAAGCUCUUCCUGAUGGCAAGAGGGCUGCCUCGAGCAGAAGAUUCGGGCAGUAUCAGGAUUCUUUAUCUGAACUCACAGAAAGACAUUUUCUUAAGCCAUUUUUAUUACACUCAAGGUAUUAAGACAAGUACAAAAUAACCUUGUAAUCAGGAUAGUGUAUCAGUCGUUAAAAAAGGAGAGAACAGGACAGUGUGAAGAGAUUUACAAAUGACAUAUAUAUAAG